CCGCGCCAGCAGACAGGCGAGGAGGCAGGCAGGCAGGCGAGCUACGGAGCCUGGGACUUAAAAAAAAAAACAAAAAACCCACACAUACACCACCGCCGCGAGAACGAAAGCAUCCAAGCAGCAAACGUCGCGCUCAGUUCUCCACGUUGUUUCAUUCGCAGCGAGGUAGGGCAGUUUAGUGAAUUUCUCCAUGAAUGUACGUCACAAUGAUGAUGACAGACCAGAUUCCACUGGACUUGGCUCCGCCGCCUCUCCUAAACGGGGAGGUCCCGCUCAUGCCGCACAUGGUUAACGGUGACGCAGCGCAGCAGGUGAUCCUGGUACAGGUGAACCCGGGUGAGACGUUCACCAUCCGGGCAGAGGACGGCUCGCUGCAAUGCAUCCAGGGUCCUGCAGAGGUCCCGAUGAUGUCCCCCAACGGCUCCAUUCCACCCAUCCACGUGCCCCCAGGAUACAUCUCACAGGUCCUGGAAGAUACCACGGGUGUCCGGCGGGUGGUGGUGACCCCUCAGUCUCCAGAGUGUUAUCCUCCCUCCUACUCCCCUGCAUUGUCGCCCACACAUCACCUUCCCCCCUACCUGGCCCCGCCUCACUUCAUCCACAAUUCCCAUUCGUUUUACCCGCCCGUCAGCCCAGGCGAGCUGACCCACCACCAGUACUACCAGCACCAUCUCCCCCCCAUGUACGGCGACCAAGAAAUCAUUCCGGUGUAUGGCAUGUCCAACUUCAUCCGAGAGGAGACGUACAGUAAGCCGCCACCCAAGAAGAUAAAAGAACAGAGGCAACUGGAGCGACAGAACCGUCUCAACUCGCCGCCUUCUACGCUGUACAAGGGUAGCCUGGGGCCAGCACACAACGGUUACAGCAGCAAGUCCCACGCGCCAACGCUAGGGUCGGUGAGCACAGGUGGCGGAGUCGGCAGUCCGGGCGGGAAGAAACCGGAGCGGCGACUUCGCAGCAGUCCGCGCAACGGUGAACCAGAGCCGCACACGCAAGAUCACGAUUCAGAGGCGAAACGUGUUCAAGACAUGCUGUCUACUAUCGACAAACCACAGGUGUCCAAUCUGCAGGCCCGAGCCGUGCGCCUGUCUUGGGGGCCCCCCACUGGCCUGGCGAGCAGGCACAGCAACGGCAUGCCAGUGUCGUGUUCCUACGAAGUGUCCCUCUCAGAUAAAGGGCGAGACGGGAAGUUUCGCCUCAUCUACAGUGGUGAAGAACUGGAGUAUCAUCUUAAAGAUUUAAGGCCUGCGACCGACUACCACGUACGAGUGUGCGCCACGUACAACUCGGUGCGUGGCUCGUGCUCCGAAGCGUCCUCCUUCACCACGCACAGCAGCGUCAGCGUUCCCGACGUCCCGCUGGCUCCCAAGCUUUCCCAUCGCACCAAAAGCACCCUCUCUUUACAGUGGAAGCCACCAAACGACAACGGCUCCAAAAUCACAAACUACCUGCUCGAGUGGGACGAGGGAAAGAAGAACAGUGUUUUCCGGGAAUGUUACUUCGGGAGCCAGCGACACUAUAAGCUGACACGUCUGUUCCCCGCCUGCGCUUACACCUUCAGGGUGGCGGCCCACAACGACAUGGGCACAAGCGGCUUCAGUUCUGAGGCGGUGUUUUACACAAUGGGCACGCUGCCCGCUUUGCCUGUGGCGCCACGUCUGGUGCGAGCUGGUGUAUCCUGGGUGACCCUGGAGUGGGUGCGACCUGAGGGCAGCUCCAACGAAGAGCAGCUGAAAUACACUCUGGAGAUCCAGGAGGACAACAGCGGAGCGGAUUUUCACCCGAAGUACACUGGAGAACACUUGACCUGUACUGUACAAGGUUUGAAGAGGAGCACGCAGUAUAAAUUCAGGUUGAUCGCGUCAAACAUGGAGGGGAAGAGCAGUCCGAGUGAGGUGCUGGUUUGCACCACCAAUCCCGACAAGCCGGGACCGCCGUCCACGCCGUGUGUUGUGGCGUCCACGCCUUACGCCCUCACGGUCACAUGGGAUCCUCCGAAGGAUAAUGGCGGUUCUGAGGCACUUACAUAUUUGUUGGAGAUCAGCGAGGGGUGCUCAGAAGAAACAGCCAGCCCAUGGGAAGUGGCGUAUAGUGGGCCAGCGACUGAGUGCGUGUGCGAGCGACUGGCGCCUGGCAGUGUCUACAACCUGCGCGUGUGCAGCAUCACCACCGGCGGGCACAGUCAGUGCACCGUCAGCGUUCCAGUGCGCACGUUAAGUGUUCCGCCCGGGCCCUGCCAGCCGCCGAGGAUUGUGGGUAAAGCCAAGCACAAGGAGGUUGAGUUAGAAUGGGAUUCUCCUGCCACCGAGGGCACGAACGAGGCGUACAUGUUCAGCCUGGAAAUGAGCGAGGGAGACGCUCGGCCGGCCCAAGUGUUCCAGGGACCGGAGCUGCAGUGCACCGUGGGUAGUUUGCUGCCCGGCGCCACCUACAGUUUCCGAUUGAGGGCUGCCAAUGAGGCUGGGUUUGGCGAGUACUCCGAGCCGACUUUGGUCGCGACUGCAGCUGGUCCUCCAGGCCAGUGUGGGGCGCCGCUGAUCACGCUUAUCAGCAACACCUGCGUAUCGCUCAACUGGGAGAGUCCCGAGGGGUCGGGCAGUGACAUAUCAGAGUUUCGUCUGGAGUGGGGUCGAGAAGAUGAGCCGAUGGAGCUUAUCUACUGCGGCUCGGCCACGCAAUGCGAAGUGUCCGAUCUUACGCCUGCCACCAAUUACUGCUGCAGGUUACAGGCUGUAAAUCAGGCAGGGGCGGGGCCCCACAGCGAGCAGGUCAGUUUCCAGACCCCAGCGACCAUUCCCGACGCGGUUUCCUCACUCGCUCUCCUGGACCUGCCGUCCUCCUCGGAGUCGGGCCACUCGCGCUCCACUUGUCUCUUCCUCAAGUGGGAGGAGCCUAACAGCAACGGGGCGGAAAUCUCUUCGUACGUCAUUUCCCUGGACGAGCGAACAAUCACGUUGGAGCCGGCGACCAGUCAUCUUGUUAGCGGUUUGCAGCCAGACAGCGAAUACAGCGUGGAGAUCCGGGCGGUGAACGCCAUCGGCUGUGGCCCAUCCGGCCCACCGCUGCUGGUGAGGACGCGACCCCUGCCCCCGGCCCCGCCCCCUUUGGAGUGUGCCGCCGCUGGGCCACAGAGCCUCAAAUUGAAGUGGGGGGAGAACGCCAGCAACUCUCGCUCCUCCCUGCUGGCCGACGAUGUUCACUACAUGCUGCAGAUGCAGGACAAAAACCACAGGUUCGUGACCGUCUACCGGGGCCCCAGUCACACUUACAAGGUCCAGCGGCUGACAGAGUCCAGCAGCUACACCUUCAGAAUACAGGCCUUCAGUGACGCCGGUGACGGGCCUUUCUCUAACAGCCACACCUUCUGCACUACCAAGUCCGUGCCCCCUGCCCUAAAAGCUCCCAAGGUGCACCAGCUGGAAGGGAACGUGUGCGAAGUCACGUGGGAGACCAUCCCGCCUAUGAGGGGAGACCCCGUCAGCUACGUGUUACAGAUGCUGGUGGGCCGUGAGUCAGAAUAUAAGCAGGUGUUCAAAGGCGAGGAGGGAACCUUCCAGAUUUCGGGCCUGCAGGGCAACACGGACUACCGCUUCCGAGUGGGCGCCUGUCGCCGCUGCCAGGACUCUUGCCAGGAACUGUGCGGGCCGCUCAGCCCCUCGUCGCAGUUCACGCCGCGGCGCCAGGAGGCCUCUGCGUCCGCGGGGGCGGCUGGAAGCGGAGCUUGCGCAUCCUUCGCCCGCCCGGCAGCGGGCCUGAUGUCGAGCGACGAGCGUUUCGCCGCGCUCAUCGUGUGCGCCUUCGCCGGCCUCUCCAUCCUCAUCGCCUGCUUGCUGCAGUACUUCUUCAUGAAGUGAGGGAAUUUUUUUUUUUUUUUUUUUUACAACAGGAUAGAAAGAGAAAGCGAAACCCAAGAGAAACUUUUUAUAUCAGAUUGUCAAAAAAAACACUUGAGACUAUCUUAAGGCUUUUAUUUCAGUGUGUUUUCAGUUUGUAGCUGAGCUGAACCUCCGCAGUGACUGCGAGAACAUUCAUCCACAAGCCUUAAAAUAGCUGUCAAACUGACUUACAUGUUUUUUCUUUAAAAAUCAUAUUUCAUUAGAGGGCGUGUAUAUUUCCUGGUUUGUUGCCUUAACUUGUUUAAUUUUUUACAUUUACGUUUGUUUGUUUUCCGCAGUCUUUAUCCACUCAGCCAUAUUCUAAUGUAGGCAUUCAAAGCUUUAGCGUAUUGAAUGACACAUGCACACAUGUACACACACUUGUGCGUGGACAAUGACUCAACCGGUGUCACGCACGCACACGCUUCUUAACGCUCGCCAAAGUGAUGCAAUCCACGUAUGAUGUAAGAUGCUGCUAUCCUCUUGAUUUUUUUUUUUUUUUGAAUGGAAAACCAGUUAUCUAAUAUAAAUAUAAAACAGAAAUAUAUAGAGAUAUAUAUACAUACACACAAAGCAGAAAUUAAUGUGUAUUUUUGAAACCAAUAUCCUGAUUCUGGAUCAGAUCGGAGCCAAGUCGGGGCAUUAAACUGGACCACAGUUUCGCAGCCUCUUCCUGUGCCCGUAUCGCUCUUUCGGCCCUUUGACGCAGACCCGCCGCAAAAUGACUCUUUUUAUUCGCUUUUGCCUUCUACAGGGAAUUCCCCGUUCGGGUGUUGUUAUGUGAACCCAUAAAACGUCGGGAUUUUGCUGCAACUUGGUGCGCUUUUCUCACUGUCAGUUUGAUGCGGCCAGCGUUCUUGCUUUCGGGGAGAGGGUAUAGUGGGACCCCCGCAUUGUUAAAAGGGAUCCACGGAUAGAAAGACUUGUAGUUCUUAAAAGAUAAACGUUUUUUUGAGUUCAAAUAAUUUGAUAUUGAAACUCCGCUUGAUGUUUUCGUUUUUAUACAAUUUGUAAAAUUAGUUUAACUAGUAAGUCGCCAUUGUUGUUGACGUUUCAGGGCGGUGACGUCACAUGGUUACGCUACCGGGCUUCCAGAGUAUGACUCCAGCGACGUAAACACCUGUUCAACCCUUUCAAUUUGAACCCGAGAGGAACAUUAAUGAGCAUGAUGGCACUGUCGAUUUUUCACAAAACUAGCAGCAAAAGCAAAAUUAACAGGAAAGACGGGAUGAGACAAGAAAAGAGUUGGAAAAAAACGGUGUUCUGCCAAAAUGUGCUACACCGACGAAACGUCCUAAAAGAGGCAAAUUUGACACCCAAAGUACCACCGUGCGCUUUCAGUUUGUUUUGUCUAGAUUAGGGUUUGGCAUCGAUGGGAUCCAGGACUAACAUAGCGACAUAAACAUUUGUUCAACCCCUUCAAUUUGAACCCGAGAGGAACAUUAAUGAGCAUGACGGCACUGUCGAUUUUUCACAAAACUAGCAACAAAAGCAAAAUGAACAGGAAAGACGGGAUGAGACAAGAAAAGAGUUGGAAAAAAACGGUGUUCUGCCAAAAUGUGCUACACCGAUGAAACGUCCUAAAAGAGGCAAAUUUGACACCCAAAGUACCACCGUGCGCUUUCAAUUUGUUUUGUCUAGAUUAGGGUUGGGCAUCGAUAGGAUCCAGGACUAACAUAUCGACAUAAACAUCUGUUCAACCCUUUCAAUUUUAACCCGAGAGGAACAUUAAUGAGCAUGACGGCACUGUCGAUUUUUCACAAAACUAGCAGCAAAAGCAAAAUGAACAGGAAAGACGGGAUGAGACAAGAAAAGAGUUGGAAAAAAAUGGUGUUCUGUCAAAAUGUGCUACACCGACGAAAAGUUCUAAAAGAGGCAAAUUUGACACCCAAAGUCCCACCGUGUGCUUUCAAUUUGUUUUGUCUAGAUUAGGGUUGGGCAUCGAUAGGAUCCAGGACUAACAUAUCGACAUAAACAUCUAGCAAAAUGAACGGGAAAGACGGGAUGAGACAAGAAAAGAGUUGGGGAAAAAAACGGUGUUCUGCCAAAAUGUGCUACACCAACAAAACGUCCUAAAAGAGGCGAAUUUGACAUCCAAAGUACUGCCGUGCAUUUUAAGCUUGCUUUGUUUAGAUGCAUACAGAUAGCACAUACUAAAGAUGCCUUAAGAAAAUACUUAAACAUACUAAUAUCAAAUAAGGGUGGUUUAAAUAUGCUACGUGACUAGGCAUGUGCCGGUAUGAUACUCUGACGGUUGCAAUUGGAGCGCUAAAAUUAUAUGAGAUAUCUGGGUUUAAAAAGAAAUCUAUUGAACAGGAUUUUUAUUUUUCAAAACAUUAGCAAAUUGGAACUUAAGUAUAAUGUUGAAAUUAUUAUUAUUAUUAAAAAAUUCUAAACCCACAGCUCAACAUUAUUACCAUCGGAACAAAAAUAAUUGAAGUAUUUUCCAUAAAAAGUAUGCGUGUAUGACUCGGACUAUGUUUACAUUAUACACACACUCUUUCUCAAUGCAGACAGUUGGCAGGGAGAGAAAAAACACGUUUUACCACCGCUAGACACACUGAACACGCUGGAGUUAACUUUCAUAGCUGGUGGGAAACGUUCAUGACAAUGUUUACUAACCUUGAAUUUUGUGUAAAUGUGAAAUCAUAUUGGAGGUAUUGCCUCCCCGGCAGCCACCCUUCUGCAAACAUGUUUUACAUGUCCGUUGGCCCUCCUCUACGCCAAGGCCGUCUGUAACUUUUCUGCAUAAGCGGAUUUUAAGGGGGGGGGCAGGCCCCCCCCAGGUGGCCGAAAAGUGUCAUUGCAUUUAAUUGACUUUCCAAUAUAUAUAAAAGUUGUAAAGCAAUAAAACUGUAACAAAAUGAAUGAAAUUAACAAAAAAUGUUUUUAUAACGGGUCAAGAUUAUAUUUCGAACAGAUCAUGUGACUAGCACCUUAGACAGUCAUUUGCUUUGCACAUUAUAAUUAAUAAAAAAAUAGGGGAGGCCAAUUUUAUUUUUCAAAUGAUUUUUUUCUUUGAAAAUAUAUAUUUUUUGAUUGAGGCAACUUUUUUUGGGGAUUGAAUGAUUUUUACACAAAUGUCCUACCCAAAAUAUGGCCCAAACAGGGAUUGUUUUAAUCAAAGAAAACUUUUCAUUGAAAAAGUUAAGUCUUCAAAUGCAAAUUUUUCAAUCUCAAAUAUUUUGUCGCAUUCAAAAACUUUUUUUAUGAUUGAAUUUUUUUUUCUUUUUCUUUUCUUUCUUUUUUUUUUUUUUUUAUGUGAUUUUUCUCUUUGGAAAUAUUUUUUUAAGCAGCUUAUUUUUGAUUGAAUACUAAAGACAAAAAUAUCCUUGCCAAAAUGUGGCCCAAACACAAAUCAACAUCAAUCAAAAAAGUUCAUCAAAAAUAAAUAAAAGAAAAAUAGCUUUAUAAAUAGCUUUUUUUUUGUGGUUUUUGUUUUUGUUUUUCGAGUUUCAAAUUUAUUCUUGCAUUCAAACAUUUUUUUUUUUUUUUUAAUUGAAGCGACUUUUUUUGGGUUGAAAAUAUAUAUUUUGAUUGAAGCAACUUUUUUUUUAAAUUGAAGCAACUUUUUUUGAUUGAAUAAUAAAGACACAAAUCUACCUCCAUAUCGCUCUGCCAAGGGGAUACAAUUUUUGACUGGGGUAACUACAUUGGCACGACAGGUGCGGGCGUACAAUAUUCAACGGAUGACUAUCUUGGCGAAAAUUAUUGCCUAAUCAGCCUGAUUUAGAAUUCCCCUCAAGAAUGAUGGGAAACAAAAAGCACUCAUUGUCAACAUAUUAUUAUAAAUAUCCUUGUAAGUUAAUUUUACUGUUGACACUGCGUUUCUUGGUCAUCAAAAUGUUGUGCCCCCCCUUCCCCAAAAGUCAAACUCCGCCUAUGCUUUUCUGUAUCCGAAGUAUUCCCAUACCAGCGAUUUCAUUUUAUUCGCUGAGGGAAAAAGUUGAGUUUCACCUCCUCGGGUCAUCGUGUAGCACAGCUGACUCACUGACACUGAGCAACAACCGGUGGGGGAGGGUUUAGCCUUACAGCUGCAAUCGAGGGAUUUAUUUUUAAAAAAUGGUGAAUAAUUUAGGGACUCUAUGACAUAAAAUUUUUGCGGAUUUGAAACGUUGGUAUUUUCAUACCACGUUUUACCUUGAAACCGGUAAUCGGCACAUGUCUAUACGUGACUAAUUUGGUGAACAGAUCAACAAUCUGCUGUAAAUCUACCACAAGAAAACACAUUGCUUAAAAGUAUGAGAGGGAAACACAUGCAAAAGUAUUUUGAGGCAAUGAAAAUGUAAUAAAAGACUCAUUAAAACCAAAUAGUAAGUACUCGCCGCUUUUAACCAAUGAGCGCAUGUGUUGGACGUCUCGCCGCGUAGAAUGAAUUGCAGUAACCUGGUAGUAUUCGUUGAGUGACGGUGACAAUCUGUCAUCACCCUGAGUGUCCAUUGCGCGCAUAAAACAUGGUGCCCUCCGUAGGUCAAAACAUGUACUAAAUAUUAUAGAUUUUUAAAUCAAUGGCAAUAUUUUAUGUGUGUCUAAUAACAUAUUUUAGUAAAAGAAAACAAUUGUGGCGUAUUAGAGUCUACAAGUCUUUAAGUCCGAGGUCCCCUUUAAAAUAUUUUUCAAAAUGAAAUAUUACAUGGGUCCACUAUAUCGUAAUUCUGCCUUAAACACCGAAUCUAAAAAAUAUCCUAGCACUAGGUAAUGGUCUUUUGUACACACGUCCUUCAAAACUGUUGUGUCAGAGCCGUAACAGAUGACUUUGCAUUACAUCCAUUUUUGCCUUUCAUGGAGUGACCCAGUGAAGGAAAUUCCCAGUCUUAACUCAUUCCUAGCCAAUGACGGCGAUAGGUGUCCAAUUCAACUGUAAUCAGUACCAACUGAAUUGGACGUCCAUCGCUUUUAAUCGCAUUGAAACAUAAUCACUCCAUAAGUGAUCUAGAAGCCCCCGCGGUGAAUGUUUACAAUCACAACUUCAGAAUGCAAUCCUUGAAGUGAAUGUUUCUGAGGUGAGUCUUCAUAUUCUGAACAGAAUCCAGCAAAGAUGGUAUAUUUCCACAACAGUUUGCACUUUCACAUUGACAACUUUCUGUCAAUUAAUGUUAGAAUUUCACCACCAAAACCUUACAUGCGCAAUUACGGCUCUGAUCCUACCUCAGAAGGCGGAAAAUUGCAAAACCGACUUUGUUACGGACUUCUCGGCCUGGCAAAAAAAGAUGGAAAAGCGUCACCGUUUCUUUUCACCAAAACGUAGCUGCCUCUCCGGCAUUCCCUGCGUUACGGCUUUUUUACUACCUCGAAAAGCUUAAAAUCACCGGGUGAACUUCGUCACCACGUUUGUAUGUGUCGUUUCUCUUCUCUUAACCGGUAAUCAAGGAUUCCUCGGAAGACUCCGCGUCCGCUUUCUCACCGCCCUUACAGCAUUCUGCUUGACAACCAUUUCACGCUAUCCUGUCGCUUCCCAAUCAAUCCAACCAUCUUUAUUUUUUCUCCUUUACCCGCCUUCCCUCAAAUGAUAUGCAGGGCAUUCCGAACACCCUCCCUCCAAUAAACAAAAAGCCAAGAUACGCAGCCCAAAGAGGUCGCCCCGACCCAUAUGAAAUGGAAUCCGCACGAGGCCUGUAACAUACCUCAGGGAAAUAGAAAAAAUAAAAAUUCACAAAAAAAGUAAAAAAAUAAAUAUAAAUAAAAUAAAGGUCCUUAACCCUCCUGUUAAGUUGCUUUCUCAGGAACAGCAAUAGUAGCUGCUUUCGCACUGUAGAAUCUGUAGUUCCUCAAACCUUUUGGGGUAGGAUUUGCGUGUUCGCACAUGUAGGAACUAGCGACCAGGAACUUGAUUUCAGAGAACCAUUUUAGUUCCUACUCCAAUGUGAGUACAGACUGGAUGUGAAUGCGCAAGUCGAACGUGCAUGCGCACUAGGGCUGGGCGAUAUGGCCUUCAGUACGUAUCACGGUAAAUCUAGCAGACUUACCUCGAUAACGAUAAAUGACGAUAAAUUUGACCAAGCGGACUGUUACAGUGCCUUGCAAAAGUAUUCGGCCCCCUUGAACCUUGCAACCUUUCGCCACAUUUCAGGCUUCAAACAUAAAGAUAUAAAAUUUUAAUUUU